CUGGAAGCCAUUUGUGUGCAAGUUCAGCCAGGACAGAUGAAGGAAACUGAAAGGCCAAUGCCAGCAUUGGCACCAAUCCAGUCCAAAACGAUAACGCUGAGUCAGUCGGUUGGUAGAAAUUCUAGCAUACCGGGACUUGGCAUUAUUAAUCCCCAGAUAAUUAGGAUACAGCCCGUUACAGGAACUGAGCAGCAGCAGCAGCUCUUCCUGCAUAGUUCUUCCGAGUCUCCAAUUCAGCUGCUGAUGCAGAGGCCUUUCCCAUCGCAUGGAUCGGUGUCUGUGAACAAGAUUCCCCCGUCCAAGACGCUGAACGGACAGAAAGCUUCACGUGCCGCAGCGUCGGCUACGAGGUCUCCAAACGCUGCUGUGGUUGCAGCGGGUUCGGCGAAUCCUCUGGUGCCAUGCCUCGAAAAAACCCCAAAAGAUGACAAGUUAAAAAAAUCCUUGAAAGUGAAAACUCGAUCUGGACGGAUUUCACGCCCCCCCAAGUACAAAGCGAAAGAUUAUAAAUUCAUUAAAAUGGAGGAUUUGGCCGACGGUCAUCAGUCUGAUUCUGAUGACUACUCUGAGCUGAGUAUAGAAGACGACGAAGAGGGAAAGGUGAAGGGAAAGGAUGCGUUAUUCAGUUCUUCAAAUUAUAACCUGAAACCCAAAAUGUUUAAAUGUCAGACGUGUGAAAAAUCCUACAUAGGAAAAGGGGGGUUAGCAAGACAUUAUAAACUUAACCCGGGCCACGGACAGCUGGAGUCUCCACCUCAAAAAAUCCCUUCAAAUAAGCCUAAUGGAAGUAUAUUUGCGGACAAUGCCUGUGGAAUAAGAGAGGAAAUGAUGAGCCCAGCCCAUUUGGAUUCAGUUGCUGUCACUUUAAAUACUGAAAAUGCACUAGCUACCAGUCUGGAAGAAACUGUUGAUUUGAAGGCUGGAGAACAGACUUGUAAGUCUGCAGAAAGCAGACACUUGGCAGAACAACAGAGUGAAAGCAGCUCAGGACACCGCGGCCCCGCAGCACCAAAAGGACCGGGCAGACCCAGACGAUCCAAGAGACGCGGUCGGCCAAGGAUGGGUGGAAGACCCAGGUGUUCGGGAAGGCUUAGCAGACCUGGUCAGUCCCCUUCAAAGUCACUUAGUAGUGUGUCAGCAGAGCACAAUGUAUUCAGAAGAAAAGCUAGGUUAAAAGAGCUGAUCCAGCAGUGCAAUAACGAAGACUUGAUGGAGCUGGCUCUCCCACGUCUCACGAAGCUUGUUACAGUCUACGAGUUUCUGCUGAUGAAGGUUGAAAAAGGGUAUCCAGCCAAAGCUUACUUCCCAGAUGUGUACAGGGAAUUUGAAGGCUUGCACAGUAUGGUAAAGAAAAUGGCUUAUGACCACCUCAGUAAUUCUGACUUGCUGAGUUGCCAGCAGCCUGUUGAGAUAAAAGAUGCUAAG